GCUUGGUGGCUCAAGAAAGCUUACAACUGUGCGUUUACCGAAAGAAAAGUCGGAAAAAAUCAAUAGAGUUUUUUCGGUGACUAUAUUCGUGGUUCCCUACUCGCGUUCAGCUUGAGGGAAUUCGCCCACUUCUCGUCCCGCAACCAGCGUAUCGCACCCACGCUGCUUGUGCUCUAUCAGGCUGGGAAGCUCUCAGUUCCAGGAAAAUUUUCAAUGAAAAGCAUCCACACUCAGAUUUCGCCUACAAUCACAUCGAUAGCAGUUGGUCGGAUGGUUCCAUCGCGAUAACAUUAUUUAGUUUAGAUAUCUGAACUUGAGUUGUCCUUAAUCAGCAUUUGUGGGGGAGGAAAUCCUAGUUGAAUUUUAAAAGGAGAGCCAAGUGUUGUUCUGGACGAGAUCGAAUGUUUUUCCUUACAUGCAUUCCGUGGAAAUUUUCAGAACCGGAUAGUCGUCGUCGCGUCUUAGUAAGGAAAAUUUUCAAUUGCCUUAAGUACCAUCGAGUGAAUCUCCCUUCAGCCGCCAGCAUGGACUAAAAAGGAAUAUUGCAACAUACGCAAUUAGAGGUACUGGUCUAACCUUGCCAGGAUGGGAGAACCCGAAGACAACUGGUGGCAAAGAUGGCAUUUUAGGAUUUUUUUACUUUCCACCCUAAUCAUUUGUUGCGGUCCUGUUUUAAGUUCAGCCGAAGGGCAUGUUGGAUGUUUAUUUGUUGAUUCCUUAUGCAUAGAUGACGUUGAAUGGUGUUUUGACGAUUAUGUUUUUGGCAAAUGCGUUUCCCAGGCCACGGUCAAUGAAGAGGAGUUCGACAGGUCACCUCUGACGGAAGAACAAUCGAGAUCAAUGGCUGUAAUGCUAGAGGAAUUACAAGGAGCCGGUCUUGGUUGGGAUCAUCCGUUUGUUCAAUGUCGAAUUCAAGGAGCACUCUAUUCAAUUCGUCAUAACACUCCACUUCCGCAAAAUUUAUGCGUGAAUUUAGCCCCUGAUCCGGAAAUAUUUGAUCCUCAAAGUCCGCUAGCAUUUGUCCGCUUUACGCCACCCAGUGAUGACUAUGCCGAUGAGGUCUAUUUUCCACCACCGAAAAAAGGAUUUGAUGAUCGACUGUAUAGAAAUCCACCAGAAGUAGUUAUGCACCAUGAAACUCCUCCUAGACUACCGGAGAAUCUGGAAAUAUAUCCUGAAUCGAGUAUAGCGGAUAGUGAGCGGAAUGAAGAGCUGAAGGAAGAAUUGGCUACUGAAGAACUAGCAGAUAGAAUAAAGGAUAUUGUGAAUAGGAUUGAAUUACGACGGAUGUUGGCACGAUAUGAGUCUGGAAAGCUCAGUCCACCUGUGUAUCUAAAUGAUCAGGUACUACCGGAGAACUACUUGGUAGAUGAGAAUGUCCUUUUGCCUAAUGAAUAUAAAGAGAACAAUAAAAGAACUGAAAUAGAACCCGUAAAAACAGAAGAUAAUGAAUUGCCUACCACGUUUUUCCGUGAGAUGGCUAGAAACGAACACGUCCCGCUGAAGGAUGCAGAUGGCCCUUAUAACCACUACCAAGCCAACUCUUUAGAUGCGCUCAUGCCUGUCUAUCGAGUUCCCAAAGAACAUGAUAUUUCCGAUGACUAUAUUAACCUGAAUUCAUACCCGGUGAAACAUGGUCAUGGCAACAAGGCUUUCAGGGGUGAGGGUGGAGGUGUCUAUACCGAAGGAGGUUUGGUUUAUGUCCCUGAAAGGAACGAGGAACAAGAACUGGAAAGGAAGCAAGAAGCCCGAAAUUUACUGGCCAACAUGCUUGGUUUCACCAGGCAUGAACGACUAGAUGUGAAGAAGCCAGGACCCUUAGUUGGACCACCGCCUUCUGCGCAUAAUUCCAAUGAUAUGCAUGAAAUAGGAGACAACUCAACAACACCUGCCACUGAUAACAAGGAAGUGCUUCCGAAACAUAUCAAGGGUGAUGAUGAAACAAAAGUGAAGAAGGAUCUGUCGGAUCAUGCAGACGAAGAGCACGCACCUCAUAUAGUGGACACUGACUAUGCUCAUGUUAUUUUGAAAAAUCCAUUGGAUAACUGGCAGACAGGAGCAAGAAUAGUUUCAAACCUGGCGGACAUAUUACACAUGCAGAACUAUUUUACGCAUCCUAGGGUCGACCGACAUGAAGUCUCAUUCCGUGUGGAACCAAACCCAGAGAAGAAAACAGCUGCUGAUGUUGCCCGGGCUAUAAAUGAUGCUCGAUUGAAGAACAAUCUUUAUCGUCGACUUGGUGUUACUGUUAUCCUUGCCGGAGUUGGGGACAAAACCAAGGAUGAUAGCUCCGUGGUUACAGCAUCGAAAAUCGGACUAGUCGAUGAAGGGCCUGAUGUCACCCAUAUAAUGGCUUACAUGUUUGCUGGAGCGGGAGCUGCAGCGGUCGUUGUAAUUGUUAUCACGCUGUUUUUAAUUCGACGCCACGACAAAAAGCGAGAUAAGUUAGGAGGACUUCAAGCGGGACUGUCGGGUGCAGAGAGCUGCAGUAAGGAUUAUCAGGAGCUCUGCCGCGCUCGAAUGGCUGGUAAAGGAACAACAUCUGAAGCUGCUUCCAGUGGCAGAAUUAUGUCAUUGUCAAAGGAAAAUGAGCGUCCUCCAUCAUCGCGAUCCAGCACUUCAUCUUGGAGUGAAGAACCGGCCUUAACCAAUAUGGAUAUUUCCACAGGGCACAUGGUUUUGUCUUACAUGGAGGAUCACCUACGCAACAAAGGACGUCUUCAGAGAGAAUGGGAAGCACUAUGCCGCUAUGAAGCCGAACCCAGUGCUCGAGAGGCAGCUCUCCAAUCUCAAUGCGCUCCUUUGAAUCGAUCCACGGCACCUCUUCCAUUUGAUCAUUCCCGAGUUGUUUUAAAUCAUCUGGCGAAUGCUGAAGGACUUGACUACAUCAACGCUUCUACGAUUACGGAUCAUGACCCUCGCGCACCGGCAUAUAUUGCCGCUCAAGGACCACUUCCGACUACUUUGGCACAUUUCUGGCAAAUGAUUUGGGAACAGGGGGCUGUUGUUAUAGUGGCUCUUUGUAGGCUUCAAGAGAAUGGUGAAAUCGCGUGUGCAAGAUAUUGGCCUGAGGAAGGUGCUGAAGUGUACCAUAUUUAUGAGGUCCAUCUGGUCAGCGAACAUAUUUGGUGUGACGAUUACCUUGUGCGAUCUUUCUACUUGAAGAAUUUAAGGACCAGCGAAACCCGUACCGUAACCCAGUUCCACUUCUUGUCAUGGCCUCCAAGCGGCGUUCCAUCAUCGGCUAAGGCUUUGCUAGAGUUCCGAAGAAAAGUGAAUAAAUCUUACCGUGGACGCUCUUGCCCGAUAGUGGUGCAUGGAAGCAACGGAGCUGGUAGAACUGGAGCCUAUAUCCUUUUGGACUUAGUUCUGGGACGAAUGAAUAAAGGUGCACGGGAAAUCGACAUUGCUGCAACAUUGGAGCAUCUUCGGGAUCAACGGGGCGGAUUAGUAACAACAAGACAACAAUUUGAAUUUGUGUUGAUGGCAGUUGCCGAGGAGGUUCAUGCAAUUCUUAAGGCGCUACCGGCCAAUUCCCAAGGUGAAAAACGUGAGCUAGACAAAGAGCCUGUUAAGGAAGAGGAGACCCAAAGCACGGAAGAUGAAAAGGCAAAAUCGGAAGAAACACCGGAAAAUGACAAAGCGAAAAAGACGGAAAAAUAAGUUUAGUUUGAAAGUGGUUUUAGUUUGAUUUAUCUUCAAGGAUUUUUAUUUGAAUUCAUGAUGACCAUGUCAAUUUCAAAGUGCUUAUUUAUGAAUUGAAGUUGAUGGCGUUAGUUUUGUGUUUUUGGGAUUUGAAGUUUAUAGUUUUGGCCUGAGUUUAGGGGUUGUGGAUUUAAAGACUAUACCAGCCUAAAUCUUUAAAUCCUCAAUCGUUCAUUUAUGCAAGUCUGUUAUGUUGAAUGGAUCAUAUAAAAUGUUGACGACCUCAGUACAUAUAUACCAAAUGAAAAAUGAUUACGAUUACAACAAAAAAAAAAAAAAGUUACCAAAAGAAGAAAUAAACUUUCUACAUUUUCGUUGAGAAAACUAUUGAAUUAAAUAAAUAUAUUAAAAUAAUCCUACAUGUAGAAGAUGCAUAUAUACAAGAUGUUAUGAAGCAUACACAAAAUAAAAUUAUCGAUUUAUCAAAAUAUUUAAUAUCUUAAUUAAUUAAUUUAGGGAAAGAAGAGGGAAAAAAAUGUCAAACAAAAAUGUAAAAUUAUUACUGAAGCAUAAUAUAUACAAGGAUAUAUUUGAAAACAAUCUUUUUGAUAUCACGCAUGUACCUACAAAUUUUACUGUGAGAAGAACCGCAAUCUAAAGACAUAUUUUACCUUGAAGGACUGCUGCUUUUAUUUGCUCUCCUUUUUGUUCUUUUCAAAAUAGCAAAGACUUGAUUUUGUGAUGAAUGUUCCAAGCACAAUGGAGUUAAGCUUCCGUUUAGUGGCUAAGUUGAGGAGCAGAUACUUAUGUUCUUUCACAAAUAGCACUUUUUUUAUAUUUCUACACACACCCACAGACACCGUCUUACAAGCCAUUCAUGGUUUCUUGAAAAAGAUAAAAGAUAUUGUAUUUACAACGAGUGAAAACUUUUCUACUUUAACGAAGAUUAUUAUACAACUUUGAGAGAGGAAAUCUAUUUUUUGUAUUUAUCUUUUAUUCUUAGCGAGUGCUCUUCUCUGGAAGGGGAUUAAGGGUAGUUAGGAUCUGAUCGGAGUGAACGUAGUAGGUAAUGGGCGGUUAGAUGGGGUGGGGUGGUGAGUCCGGGACUUUGGGUGAAGUGGGCGGGUUUGCUUGUGCUAGGAGGUCUUACGUUUCAACUGUGCAGGAUAAUAUAUAUAUAUUUCAGUUGCAUGGAGUUCUCCACUGUAUUCAAUGCCCGCAGUUAUGAAUCCUUUUAAUGUUGCAUGUAGCAUAAAUGUCUGUACCAUAUCCAUGCGUUAGCCAAUACCGAUGCUUGAUUCGUCCUUUGGUCGAACGCUUCUUGCAUUUUCAUAUAAAAGUACAUACGUACAUACAUCGAUAUCAAAACAAAAGCUACAUUUUCACUCUUCCUCUACAGUGGAUAACCUUUAUCAAAAGCAACUGAACCAAACUACCUUUAUUCAAAUCAUAUUCGUAGAAAAAAAUGGACAACUAACGAGGAAAUAUCAGUGAAGAGGUCUUUCUAACAAAGAAACAUUUAUAAAAGUAAACUUACAGAAUUUUGAAUUAAAUCCAGAUUCCGAAUAUAAUAUACACAUUAUCGAGUAAAUAUAUACAUAUACCACAACUAAACUUCUAUGGAUUAUAUAUAUAUAUAGAUAUACGUUGAACAGAAACAAGCAUUGAAGGUAUAUAUAUUUUUUGUGUAUGAAUGUAAGCAUAUGAAUCACCCUAUGACUAACAAUAUAUUUGUGUAUACAUAAAAUAGAAGCCACUAUUAACAAAAAAAAAAACAUCUACAUAUACAUAUAUAUAUAAAUAUAAAUAUUAAAAGAAACAUAAACUAUAACUUGUUGUUGCUAUUUAUUCUAUUAUCAUUGUAAACUAAAGGGAAAUUCAAUUAUCUUAAAGGAAGUCAUAUAUUUUCCCCUUUUGAAAACUAAAUUUUUUCCUUAUUUUCCCAAAAGAAAGAAUUAUAAAUUGCACAGAAGAACUCAAAGGAACCAGUGAGACAUGACAACACUGAUUUGAAUGCAGUGAAAAGCGAAGAAAGCUAAAAAUUAUAAAAAUGCUGUAAAAUAAACAUAUACAUAUAUAUAUAAAUAUAUAUAGAACUAUAAACGUAUAAAAGACAUAUAAAUAUAUAUAUUUUAUGUUGUGAAUAAAAACUAAAAAAAAAAAAAAUAAAUCUAUAAAAAAAAAAUUGGCAUUUUAAACGGUCGCAAAAAUGCACUACUUCCAGCAAAAUUAUGCAAUUAUUAUUCAUAAACGAAUUUAAUUCUAUACCAUGUCAUCAUCUUUAGAUAGCGGUAAGCAUAUGUGGUAAUUACCAGUUAGAAUAUAUAUAUAUAUGUGUGAUUAACACGUCAAUAAUAUUGUUCCAAAAACAACAAGUGUGUAGAUGCCGAUUUUGAAAGUAUCUUUUGUUUUUUUUUUAAAUUUUAAUUUUAUAAUUUAAUUUAUUGAUCUUCCUCUUUUUUUAAGUUUCAUUAUCAUCAUUAAAUCUUUCCAAAGCGCUCAUUUUCAAAGGUUAAUAUAUACAUUUAAUGAUCAUGCAGAUACCGAAAUAAAAAAAAAAUACUAAGUGCAAAACAAAAAUGGGAAGUAAUUGUAAUACUUUGGAAAAUGAAAGAGAUUUCAAUAAAAACUUGAUUUACUCCAUGCGUUUUGAUGUGGAUAAGCCGUA